AUGAAACGUAUUCGUUCCUGAAAGUUCGUAGCUUUGAGACAAAAAGCAAAAUGAACCAGGAGGACGACAAGGGCAGCUCUUGCUCCACAGGGGAUUUGAACCUAUGCCCCAUCUGCCUCGGACCCAUCGUUCAAGAUUCCUACCUUGAUAAAUGUUUCCAUAAGUUUUGUUACACUUGCAUUGUACAAUGGACCAAAGUAGUUGCUGGCAAGCUGUCUCGCCCGCUUCCCUCUGUAAAAUGUCCUCUCUGCAAGACUGAAAAUUUUUCUAUUAUACAUGGAUAUGAUGGAAAUUCUUUUCAACAGCACCAUAUCAAUCAGGAUUUUGAACAUAGUUUUGUAUUAACAAGAGGACACAAGUACAGAUUACAGUGCUAUUACUCUGAACCAGGUGUCGUAAGUGACAUAUUCAAUGCAUCACGGUAUUGGAAGUCUCGUAAGUACCUUCAGCCAAACCGCUGGCUCCAAAGUUGGUUGAGAAGGGAAAUUCAAGCUCUGAUGCAGGAGGAAGAUGUUGACAUUAUUGUGCACCACAUACUUGGUGUAAUUGACUCAUUUGUAUCCCGGAACGAGCCAAAAAGUCAUGUAAAAAUUCCUGAAACGAAAGGAGAAGAGUUGAAGGCUUUAGUCUCUGACGCUGCAAGGCCCUUUCUAGGAGCAAGAACAGAUCGAUUUAUAAACGAGGUGGAACUAUUUCUUGCUUCAGGUUUGAACAUUGAAGCCUAUGAUGCUGUGUACAUGCAGAGAUUAGGUUGGAGUUUUCCUGGAGUCACCAGUGAGGCUUCUGAAGGAGCACUUAGUGGACAGACAACUGUAAUUCCAUACCUGUAUAUAUUUGAUGCAGACUCUGAUGGACCUGAUUAAAUAAACUUCUUACAAUUUGUCAUUUUUUUCA